AUGGGCCGAUCGACAACAAUGGGACGACGGACAACACUGCAACUAUGCACAACAAUGGAACGACAGACGACAAUGGGACGAAGCUACUGUAGACUAGUUCUCCUAUAAUAACGAGCCACUCGCAUUCAGAAACUCAAAGCGAUCGAUUUGUUUCUGUGUUUGUGUUUUUUCUAUAGUGUUCAAUAACACUACAAAGUUAUAUAUCAAUAUAUAUACACGUGUAAAUUGAGUUAAUACGUCGCACGCAUCGAAAGAACUGGUGAGUUCAAUACAACUGCGUAAAACUACAAUAGAUAACGUGACAAUAAAAGAUGCAGAAAUCCUUAAGAUGUGGUAUGAAUCGAAAGACAUCGCUCAACUGCGAAGUACGCGUUGAGAAAUUGAAAGAGUUACCACGACAGAAAGCGGCAAAAUACCUAAAUAUUGCGACCGAAGAAGGGACUGAACACAAGAGACGCAGUAUGAAACGGAAGACGUCAUCGUACGACGAAAAACACGACAUGGCAAAAAGUAAACAGCUUAAGACCGAAGAUGAUACACCACCAAUCGACAAUUCUUUUAACAUACAGAAUCUUCCGGAAGAAAUGCUGUCCGAAAUAUUCCUCUACACCGGAACAUAUGCAAAAAUAGGUCGACUGAGAGAAGUCUGUCGUAGGUUCGACGCCGUUUGCAGUCGAGUACUUCUCUGUGCCUUCAACAACAUUCAGAAAGGAAUUGAGCAGAUUUCGAAGCAACCUGAAUCUUAUCUACUCCCCACGCUGGAGGAACAACCGAAUGAAAAGCGAAAAAAACCCCAGGAGCAGGCAAAAUUGGAGCACACGGAAUUACCGAUACGGAAAUCCUUUUCCAGUGUGUUUGAAUGUCUUGCAUGGUGGCUACGAGUUGUUCGCGCCUGGGUCUUGCCUUGCAUUUCUGCCGGGGUGUGUUCUUUUUACUGUGGCAGACUGCUGGACGAAUACCACACCAUUAUGCUGCAGCUUCCUACGAAACCGGUAAUCGAUUAUCGCAUCUUAUAUUGCACCUUAUUUGAAUGCGGAAAACUCGUACUUAAGUUCCUACAGCAUAUUCAGAUGGUGACUGAGAAGAAAUGCGAUUCUACACAACAGCAGAACCCUGCCCUCAGAGUUUUACCCGCGAUUGUGCUAGCAAAAUUACUUAGAAUCUGCUUCAAUGGCAAAGGAGAGGUGACACGAUUCGUUCAGGUUCCGACGGAUCGGGAUAGCCGUUGCGACCGGGAGUCUUACAACCUCAGCGGUUGCUGGAUGGGUGUUCCGUGGGCGGUUACAGGAAGCAACGGGUUUCGACAGUCGGACACGAUCCAGUUGUGUGUCUUGUUGAUGGAGACGGCGUGGGACGAAAAACACAUGCACCUCACCUUUGGACUCAAUGGCGUGUGGCACCUUAUUAAGCACCUAUACAGAAACACCUCCCUAAAGGGCAUCAAAGUCCAGAGACUAGACUACAUCACACAAGAAAAUUAUAAAUUCAACUUUACAAAAUUAGGAUAUCAACUGACGUGGAAAACUCCAGCCAUAUACGAAUGCACCACUUGGCAAGACGUCCUGACUUUUGAAAUAGAAGUCACGUGCGACAAAGAGACACUGCCACAGAGCCUGGCGGCCGAGACACUGCAAAUUCAACCCAAUGGCGACGAAACGCCCGACUCUUCAUAUUACCAAUUCAAAAUGGUGAUAAAUUGCCCAGAUUUGGCCAAGUGGUGUUCCUUCAAAGAUAUACCAUUUCCAUUUAAACGAGAGAACGAGUAAUGAGAUAACUGGCGAACGUUAUAACUAACGAUCGAACUACAUCGAGGGAGUCCUUCAAACCGUGUACUACAAAAGUGCAUUAAGGCACCAAACAUAAUUCUGAAGUGACGCAGACUUUCUGAGCCAUGAUGGCACUAGUGGGCAAGACCACCUGUUUCGCUGUUAUGUAAUUACAUGAAUGUGAAACCGUAUCUUCAUAUAAGUUUGUGACUAUAGUCUUAUUGUUAUUUGUCACGUGCAACUUCGGCUUAUCGGCUGUGAGCCGCGAAUAAGUUGCACACUACUUAAAAGGCUCUAAAUAAAUAUAACUGAAAAAAACUGUUUCUCAGGAAGAAUACAUUCAUUCGGGACGCCUUAGGACCUGCAAUAGAUAGAAGCACGAAGCAGAAUAAACUACGGAAAUCCCAACUAAA